AUGGUGGAGUUGUAUUCACUCGAGGAAGGUAAUUGGAGGAUCAUUGAUGCUUCAUACUUAGAAUUAUUGGAUUUAAGGAUUGGUGAUUGCAGGGAACAAUUGUUUUUCCAUGAGAAUGUGCAUUGGGUAGCUUAUGAUUCUUUACAAUGUAACUGCAUAUUGACGUUCAAUAUGGUUGAGGAGAAGUUCGAGAAGAUGGAGCUUCCGGAGGAGGUGGCUACUUCACCCUGCAAAUUGGUUACGUCUGUUAUUGAAGGAUGCCUAUCGAUUAUAGAGUACUUGUCUUCUUCGAUAUGCACAAUAUGGUCAAGGAGAGAAUCAUGGAUGAAGACUUAUAGUGUUUCUUCAGAGGUAGAGUUUGUACAGUUAAUGGGACUGAGCACAAGUGAAAUUUUAAUUGUCCGACGCCACUUGUAUAUAAAUUUGUAUUCCUUUGAUCUCCAUAGCGAAGUGAUGAAGAAUGUUGGGACACUGAGUGUAGGAAAAGAUUUAUGUGCUGCUGAUUUCACACAGAGCUUGGUUUUGCUUGACAGAGGAAGCAAUGCUGCUUCUUUGUUGUCGGGGCAUGAUGAUGAAUGGGAAGUACAAGAUUUUGAAGAGCCAUUGCCAUUUGACAAAUUGAAUAGCAUACGCUGGAAUGAAGGGCAUAUAAAAAUUUAUAUUGGUUUUGUUGUUUGA